CAUCAAUUCAACAACUUUUUUGAUGUUCCAACAAUAAUCGUCGCAGUCAUGGAGUUCGAUACUAAAACGCCUCUCUACCAGACAUCUGACAAGACAUCUUUCGCGUACAUUUCGGCGCGCGAUCGCUGGCCUAUUAUUCUUACAGGUGCCAUUGACGACUUGCACAAGGCCAUUGGCAAGACCGACGACGCUGAGAAGCAGACCGAGGGCAAGAGCAUUGUUUCCGAGCUCGCCAAGCUGAAGUAUGAGUUACAACACGACCGCCAACUUACCCCCCUCGCCGAUGACGGACAAGGUGACAUCGAAAGCUACAAUAAGGAGCUCGAACAACUCGGCAACCCAAAAUGGUUCGACGUACCCUGGCUCUUCUCAGAAUGCUAUCUCUAUCGCCGCAUGAGCACCCUCUUCAAACUCUCCACCCACUGGAAAAACUACGACGUCUUUAACAAGCAGAAAAUGUCCACUUUCCGCUCUUCCCGCCCUGCUGUCUUGGAGCUCGCAAACCGAUACAAUGAACUCAGCAAACAGCUCAACAGCAAGAAGAGUUCUCCACAGUCAGAGGAUGAACAAAUGGCUGCUGAGAAAGUGCUGUUCACGGAGAUGUGUGAGAUUUGUCUCUGGGGCAAUGCUACCGAUCUCUCUCUUCUUACCAACUUGACCUAUGAAGAUAUUCAAAAACUUCAAGGGUCAAAGGCGAGAAAGGCGGCAGAGAAGAAUAUCAUCGCCAAUGACUUUGAAGCUACCUUCGAGCUUCUUCACGCUGCUAAGAAGGCAGGCACAAAAGAUCGCCGUGUGGACAUCGUGCUGGACAAUGCUGGCUUUGAGCUUUUCGUCGAUGUCAUUCUGGCCGGAUACUUGCUUCAAGCUGAUCUCGCCACUUCUGUGGUGCUGCAUCCCAAGAACAUUCCUUGGUUUGUUUCUGAUGUUGUUCCCAAGGAUUUCUCAGAUCUUCUUACCGUUUUGGUAAAUGCAAAGAGCUUUUACGAGUCGCCUUCUGAAGACGAUGAAGCCAAAGGCGUCACACCCCAAAAGCUUUCAGAGCAGGAAUCGUCAGAUUUGUCAUUGCUGUUCCAGAACUGGAGUGAGCUGUAUGCAGAGGGCAAGAUUGUACUUAGACCCAACCGUUUCUGGACCGAGGGAGGAAGUUAUUGGAGACUUCCUGGUACUGCUGGAGCUCUGUUUGAGGACUUGAAGAGUUCAGAGUUGGUCAUCUUCAAGGGUGAUUUGAAUUACCGCAAGUUGACUGGUGAUGCUGCUUGGGAUCCCACAACCCCCUUCACCCAAGCCAUUGGACCUCUAGGCCCUGGCUCUGGUAUGCGUACACUGGCUCUUCGCACCUGCAAGGCCGACGUCGUUGUCGGCCUCAAGCAAGGCGAAGACGAACGUCUUCGUGAGAUGGAAGGUGGCGGUGGUGACAGCGGUGCUCGUAAGUGGGCCUGGAGUGGCAAGUGGGCUGUCGUCCAGCUCUGCGACGGCAAGAAAUAGUUCGAAAACCAGCAAUGGCCGUA